GCCACAACAAAAACAACAACAGAACUCAGCUGUUCUGCAGCUAACUAGCCGGCCUAGUUACUCAGUCCUGUGCUUUACAUUUGGGAUAUGUAUAAGUUGCUUUACAGUUGAUAAUACGUUUGAAUAUAAAGCAAAUCUUAUAAAAUCCACAACAACGCGCUGUAACUAGUUUUUAUUUUGAUCUCUUUUCUGAUAGCUUUUAGCAGCUAGCCUUUAACUGAGGACAGGAGGGAGCGCGUUCGACGUAAAGGUCUGUUGCACUGCCUGCUGUAAGACAGACCACUUAAUGAACCAGAACUUCCCCAAGCCAGAGAUAUUUAUGGCAAAGGCAGACCACAAGACUGUCGGCGGAGAUUCUCCCCUCCGUCAAUGACCACCAAUAUUAUUUCAUCACCUGUCAUCAUGUCGCCGCGAAAAAGACCCCUAAUCCCUGUAAGCAGCCGGCGGAAAGCAGUGGAUGACUUCUUUCCUUUCAACUUCCUGCCAGUGGAAUGCCAGCUGCACGUCUUGUCCUUUUUGAAUGAGGUGGAUAAAUGUAGCUGUGCUUUGGUUUGCUUGAGCUGGAGCUGCCUGGUCCGCUCAUGGAAGCUGUGGCGGGUGGCAGACUAUUCCCGUCGCGGCGUCUUCCAUCUGGGUCAGGAGGGGCUGCUUGUUUCUAACCGUGAGUUUGAGAGGUGGAAAUCCUGGGUCCACCAUUACACCCAUCACCUCAUCUCCCGGCGGGCCAGCCUGCUCACGCUGAAGGCCAGCUUCGACCUGGGGGAUCGCUGCAACAAGUGGGGUGACCUGCUCAGUCACCUGCUGGAUAAUGUCCACUGCAGAGACCUGAGCCACCUGGACCUUAACUGGACAUUUACUCUUCUUGAGCCACUGGACCUCAGGGUACACUCCAGCUCCAGUUCGCACCAGGACAGCAUAACCAAGAUGGACCAGGUGACCAGUUUCCAGGAGCUGCUGACCAAACUCACCCACAGCUGCCCACGCAUCUCCAAGAUGCGGUUACACUUCGACUGGUCGGAUGUGUCCGUGUCACUGCUCACUCAGUUCCAGCAGCUCCGAGUCCUUGAGCUCAAAUACUUCUGGGUCUUUAAAGGAGUGACGCCCACAACACUGCAGACCCUGACCAAAUCCUUGCCUAACCUGAAGUCUCUGACGUUGCAAAUCCUUGUGCCGCUGAGGAACCUGGGCAUCUCAUACAUUUUGGAGUCUCAGUCUCUGGAGUUCCUGGACGUGUCACCCAGCCGAGGCUUGGUCUUCUCAUGUCUGAAGCUACCUGCCUUGCGUGAGCUUCGAGCCAAGAAGAUUGUUCGCGGCAUCACACUGGACCGCAGGACCAGGCUGAGUAUCCAGAGCCGGUGGCCCUGCCUUUACCACGUCCUCCGAGAGGGGACGCCAAAGCUCCAGGCCCUCAACAAUGAGAGACUACUUCCUACAUGGAGAGAGGAGAGCUAUGGGGAGCUGUCUGCCAUCCUGGAACAGUCCUGUUACUGUGUUCAGCAUCUAGACAGCUGGCUUUGGUAGUCAACUGCGUGACUUGAAACUAAGUACAUUAGACAGGUGGUCAUUAGCAAUGUAUUGCUUUUAUACACACACCAUAUUUGUCCCCAUUUGAAUGAACUGAACAUGUCCUUAGAGGGACACAUUGUUGCACAUAGUUGCAGAUAACAAAAUAGUCUUGAAAUGAAAUUAAAGGACUGCAAGUUUUUUUUUUUUUCACUUCUUAAACAGAAAGCUGCUGUUACAGUUGGAAACACGUUCCCAGGACAAUGAUACACAGUGUGUCUACAACUGUUUUAAUUAGUUUGCCCAUUAUGUCCAAAAAGCAAAGGUGCUUCAUGCUGAUUGCACUGUGUUGUGCUGGCCUGGAUUUGUUUCCACCAAAGUUCUGCGCUGGAAAACUGACAACAUUAACUACAACCCUGAGCUGAGAGUGAAUGUGAAAAGAAGACUUGAGUAUAAUGGUGACUCAGAGUUGUGGAGAGUGCCUUCGAAAUUGUAAAAGAGAGAAAUGACUGAGAACCAGGAGAAAAUGUAUAGGAAGUUUUAUUUUCGUUCCUUUUUACAAUGAGCCUCAACUGUUUGCUUCUGUCGAGUCAGAAAUGGAAGCAGUGCUUUUGCAAUGAUCUUUCUAAACAGCAGAGGUCCUUAUUGUCACAGAUUUGACUGUGGAGAUUUCUCUCCCAAAGGUCUUACAACUCAAACUUGUGUUUACAUGUGCAUUAGUGUAACCUUGUCUCUUAGUGGACCAAAGGAUUCUGAACAUUUCACUCCAGUACUUGUGCUCAUGUGUUGUAUGAGUAGCAGAUGUAUGCAUGAGGGUAUUUUUGCAUCAAUGUAUUUGUGAGAUUUGGCUGAUAUGAUGGAAGGUUUGAGUGGAGAACAUUUCACUGAAUUCAUCAUGAAGAACUGUUUUUAAUCUUAAAGCUGCAGUUGGUAACUUUUAUUAAAAAAUACACUUCUUUUCAUAUUUGCUGAAA